GAGCGACAAUGGGGUUCGCCAGGGUCGAUGAGCCGAUCGCCCAUUCGUCGGAGGUGCGACACCACGGGCGACCGCUGUCUGUGUGACACAUUCGCGUCCCGCUGUCCUCGCUACGUGAACCACUCGCGUCGCAGUGAAUAGCCCGCCUUCCACUCUUCGUCAGUCCGCACAGCAUGCUCCGCCAUGCUCGUCGUACUAGUCGCCGCCGCGCUUUAAGCUUCCGCCGGCAUGCCGCCCCGCGGCUCCGCUCAGUCCCCGCGCCCCACCGGUAACUCUCCCCCGUCCGCCCUCGCACUCCCCCUCUUCUCCGCGCGCCCCUUCCUGCUCGGCGCGGCCGUCGCGCUGCUACUCUCGCAGGCGGCGCUGCUUCUCCGCCUCUCCUCCCCGCUCUCCCCCCUCCGCGUCCCCCCAUCCCGCGAUGCGCUCUACCCCAACUCAGCGCCGAGCCUCCGAUCCGCGGAUGCGGGAGGCUCGGCAGCAGGCUCGGACGACGAGGGGAGCGGAGAAGCCGCCGUGGAGUCGCAGGGCGACGGCGACCAGUCGCAGCUACAGUCGCAGCAGCAGUCGCAGGACAUGGGGGCGCUGCGGAAUGUGACGGAAUUAGCGCAAUGGGCGGCGGAAAUCGCGGACGCGCUGGCUGCAGUGUUCCCCGAGAUGCUGGAGUCGCGUGAUUCCUUUCUCCAGCGCCUCUUGAAGCCAUACCCGCAAGAUACACCUGCCCCAGUGGCCACCUGCUCCAUCCCCCAGCAGCGGGACCCUGAUGCGCGCAUGCUGGCAGGCGUGACUCGCAGCAUCGAGGCCGCUGCCAUUGCCCUCGCAUGCUCCAACGCCACCCUCUCGCGCUCCUUCCGCCGCUCACUCUGCCCCGCGACUAGCAACAGCGGUGGAACGAUAGAUGGCAAUGGCGGCAGGAACAGCAGCGCAUUCUCGGCAGGUAAUGGGACUGACCAGCCCGACCCAUACGAUGCUGCCGGCCGUGCCAGGCUGGCCCACGUGCUCCUCUCGCUCCACCAGUCGUCCUCCUCCACGUGGCUCCCUCCCUGGCUCUCUCGCCUCCUGCCCACGUGGCUGCAUCCCAUUGGCUGGAGCGGAGCUGGCAGCAAGCACAGGGGUAGCGUUAGCGAGGCGCGGGAGGGCGAGUGGAGGUUCUUCCUGUCAGCCAUGGCGUUCAACCGUGCUGCUGCCGCUGCUGCUGCGACUGGUGGUGCUGGCGUGUGGUCGGAGCAGUGCCAGGCUGCUGCGUUCUCCACCUUCCAGUGGAUCGAGUACAUGCGGUAUGCGGGUGCAGAGCACGUGUUCUGGUACGACUGUGCUUGCAGCGACGCCGAGAGCCAGGCGACCACCCUCUCUCUCUACUCACAUGCAGGGCUGCUCACCUACCACCGCCUGCACCACAUAGCGCCUCCCCCUGCCGGUGCUGACUACCACUUCGACCAGGAUACCUCCCUCUCGCACUUCCUCCAGCACCACCGCCACGAGUCUAAGUGGGUGGCCUUUGCUGACGUGGACGAGUACCUCUUCAUGCCGCCCGACACCCGCCCCUUCUUCCUCACGCGCCUCCUGCUGCGCCGCCCCUGCGCCGCCCAAAACUCCGGUGCAGGUGGCAGCAGGAGUGGCGACAAUUCUGUGCGGUUAGGCACUGGUGAAGGGGCAGGAAGAGGAAGAGGAGAGGGAGAGGGGAGCGAGGGGGAAGGGCGAGAGGCCACACAGAUCCUAGUCUACAACCAGUUCUUCAUCGGCUACCCACGCCCUCCCCCCGUGCGCCUCACUAUAGAGCGAUUCAUCCACCGCCCGCUGCGCCCGCCCGACCACCACGACCGCCUGCGCGCCAAGCUGCUGCUGCAGCCCGCCGCCGCCCUCGGGUUCCUCUCCAAUGCUCCCCACCGUGCCCUCAUGCACUCGGGAGAGACCUUAGUGGCUGAUCCUGGUUUGAUACGGGUGAAUCACUACUGGGGUGCAAGGGGCCUGCUGGUGAAUGCGAGUGAGAGGGAGAGGGAGGAAGUGGAGGAUGGGUCGAUGGAGGAUAGGAGCAUGCAGGUUAUAGCGGAUGUGAUUAAAGAGAGGUUGAGGUGGGUGUUGCCGGUGCUGCCGGUGCUGUGUGAGAGGGAGGCGGUGCGUGCUGCUAUGGUGGACGCUCGGAGGUUGGCUGACAAGCUGCAGCAAGCAGUGAGGAUGGAAAAUGGGUGAUGAUGAGCAGUUGUAAUUGUGCACAAAUAUUGUGCAUUGUUCACUCUCAGAUGCGGGUCUACACACGUAGUGCAUCCGACAUGAUACCGUAUCUUCGCUGUGUACUAUGUGCAUGUUAAAGAACUAGUAGGAUUCAUUAAUCGUAG